CGAUUGCUCUGGUCUCGAGUCACAUGCUUUGAUAAGUAAAUAUGGCGGACGAGGACCCAAACACGAAAGUUGAAGGCGAAGACGUUUCUGCAAAAGAAGAAGACCCAGACGCUACGGAACUUGAGCAAGAUGAUGUCGCCAAAAAUACCGACGAGGUCCAGAAGGACAAACCCACAGACAGCUCUUGGUCUGCGCCUAUUUUGUCGUUUGCUCGUAAAGCGACGGAGACGCUGAGCAUCGGAGUGAAUCAUUACAGCGCGGGGUUAAAGGGAUCUGACACAUCACAACACACCCCUGACACCCCUGAUCCCAUUAAGACAGCAGCUGUGAAGGAUCCCAUGGUGGUAGAGAGGUCAAAUCUCCUUAGCAUGAUGAAGCUCAGCAUUAAGGUUCUGAUCCAGUCCUCCCUCAGUCUCGGACGCACGCUGGACUCUGAGUAUCCACCUCUGCAGCAGUUCUUCGUGGUUCUGGAGCACUGUCUUAAACAUGGUUUAAAAGUGAGGAAAUCUUUCAUUGGUCAGAAUAAGUCAAUCUGGGCUCCUCUGGAGUUGAUAGAGAAACUGAGCCCUGAGUCAGCAGAUAUUGCCACCAGUGUUCGUGAUAUGCCUGGAAUCAAGACAGGGCUCGGUCGUGCUCGAGCGUGGCUGCAUCUGGCUCUUAUGCAAAAAAAAAUCGCAGACUACAUGAAGGUGCUUAUAAAUAGAAGAGACCUUCUUGGGGAGUUUUAUGAGCCUGGGGCUCUUAUAAUGGAGGAAGAAGGGGCUGUGAUUGUAGGGAUGCUGGUGGGUCUGAAUGUGAUUGAUGCCAAUUUAUGUGUGAAAGGAGAGGAUCUGGAUUCUCAGGUGUGCGUCAUCGACUUCUCAAUGUAUCUAAAGGAUCCGCAAGCAACUGAGACCACGCAAGAUGAUUCAAAAAUGACAGCCAUUCUUGACCAGAAGCACUACAUAGAAGAACUGAACCGGCAUCUGAGCUGCACAGUGACGGACCUUCAGGCCAAGAUGGACUCGCUGGAGAAGACCAAUAGCAAACUCAUUGAGGAGCUUACAGCAGCCACAGACAGAAUCAACGCUCUGCGUGAAGAGCAGGAGCAACUUAAACAAGAAAAUGCAAAUAUUCUUGAAAAUAGUCAGAGGAAAGAGGAGGUAACUCUGCAAGACAGCCAAGUGGAGCUGGAAACAUAUCGGCAGACACGUCAAGGUUUGGAUGAAAUGUACAAUGUAGUUUGGAAGCAGUACAAGGAGGAGAAACGAAUCCGGCAGGAGCUGCAAAAGGAGCUGGAGUUACAGAUCGGUCUGAAACAGGAAAUGGAAGUUGCCAUGAAACUUCUGGAAAAAGACACGCACGAGAAACAAGACUCGCUGGUCGCACUACGACAACAACUGGACCAAGUCAAGAAUCUCAACAUACAGAUGUUCAACAAAGCACAGGAGUCAGAUCGAGUGGCCCAGAAAAAAGUGGAGGACAUGCUACAACUGGAAAAGAAGAUGAUCCAGAUGGAGGCUUCCAUGAAAGAACUGGAGCAGAGGCUUCAAAAUUCAGAAAAUGUGCGCAAGAACACGGAUGAAAGUCAGAAUGAGCUGAGAUCGGAGAUGAAAGGGAAGGUGAACGCUCUGCAGAAGCGUCUCACUGACCUCGACACGCUCAGGGCAGGCCUGGAGUCAGAGCUCAGUGUGGAGAAAGAACAGCGGCAGAGCCUGCAGAGGGAACUACAGAGAGAACAGGACAACAGCGCAGAGCUGCGCACACAGCUGCAGCAACUGCAGGGCCUGCAGACGGAGCUGCUUGACCUUCGACAGGAGAAGAAACAGCUCCAGCAGCUGUGUGAGGAGCAGGAACAGGCUCUACAGGAGAUGGGACUUCAUCUAAGCCAGUCCAAACUCAAGAUGGAGGACUUCAAAGAGGUCAAUAAAGCCUUGAAGGGUCAGGCCUGGCUAAAAGAUGAUGAAGCUACACAGUGCAAACAGUGCCAAAAAGAAUUCUCAAUCUCUCGGAGAAAACACCAUUGCAGGAACUGUGGAGACAUCUAUUGCAACAACUGCUCCAGUAAUGAGUUGGCUUUGCCCUCGUACCCCAAACCUGUCCGCGUAUGUGAUGUCUGCCAUUCCCUUCUGCUCCAGAGGAGCUCCAUUGCCUCCUGACAAUGUUUAACUUAUCUGCUGAUCAUGUGUGAAACUACAGGCCAACUCUUAAUUUCUUUGUAUUUUUAACACUUAUGCAUUAAUAUCUCGUGACACCACUGGCUUCUGUUUGACUAAACCUUUUGAUUUUUGCAAAAUCAUAUGCAAAGUUUCUUUGACAGGAAGAUGCUAUGAUAAUUAGAAACGGUAACAUUGAUAUGACUGUAUUUAUAUUGGUAGUCUCCAUUUUAGGGAGCGAACUAACACUUGGAAGCCUUUCAGAUGUUCACCAAGAGUGAACGCAGAAGAAUAAUCUUUUUGGUACUCUUCGUGCUUUUUAGUCUUUAGUUUUGUCUCCUCUUAUCAAAAUAGGUCUGAAUCACAUUUGUAAAGGUUUUGUAAAUUACUGAUUAGUGGAGACAUGGAAUAACAAUUAUAAUCUUUAUCAUGUCAUUUUUAGCAUAUGUGCUUGUACUAUAAAUAUUUAAUCCACAGAAUGUCUCUCAAAAACACCACUACCAGAGCUCAUAUCAGUCAAAAUGGGAGCCAGUUAUUAUAUAAAGUGGGUAUGUAUGAAUUAUUAAAGAAAUGUAUUAGCCAUUCAUAAACUAUCGAAUGCAUUUGCAUAAUUAUGCAUAAUUUGUGAACUUGAAAAUUUCUUCUGCUUGUAUCAUGAAUGAGACUCAAAGUCUAAUUGUUUUUUCCUUGUCCAAAGUAUGCAAGACUAAAGAGCAAAUGGAUUGUAUUUUCUCCAACUUGUUUUGCUCAUACAAAGAAAUAUCUACAUUUUUUUACAAAUUUUUUAAGGCUCUCUAAAUACAAAAUGUAUAUUUUAGAUUGUAUGACAGUUUCCUGUGUUGUACCCUCUCUUGUCUCCUGUUCUGUUCAUAAAUCUGUAAUGAAGUCUCUGGAGAUUUUAUAGAAUUGUGUAUGGUUUAAUAAACACUGCCUUGAAGUAUUAA